AUGCCAGCAUCCUCUAGUUCGACCAGUGCUUUUGUUACAAGUUUGAUAUUCAAUGGUAUUAUAGCCUUGAUAUUCAUUAUAUUGUUUAUUAAUUUAAGACCAAAAUUUACAAGAGUAUAUGAACCGCGAUCGUUAAAAGAUAUUUAUACUAUUAAGGAAGAAGAGCGAACGGAACCAGCGCCUUAUGGUUAUUUUAAAUGGGUUCCUUUCUUACUUACAAAAAGACAUUCUUAUUUAAUUCAAAAUGCGAGUGUUGAUGGCUAUUUUUUCUUAAGAUACUUGGCAAUCAUACUGUUAAUAUCCUUUCUGUCAUUUUUUGUUCUAUUUCCAAUUCUGUUACCUGUGAAUGCGACAAAUGGCAGGGACUAUAAAGGUUUUGAAUUACUUUCGAUGUCAAACGUUACUAAUAAGAAUAGGUUUUAUGCUCAUGUGUUUCUAUCCUGGAUUUGGUUUUCAAUUAUUAUAUAUAUAAUUUACAGAGAAUUGUAUUACUAUGUGGUUUUUAGACAUGCCCUCCAGACAUCUCCAUUGUAUGAUGGUUUACUAUCCUCGAGAACAAUAAUCUUGACAGAUCUAAACCCAAGCAAAAAUUCUGAACUUGAAAGGAUCUUCACUAAAGCCAACAAAAUAUCUGUUGCUAAAAAUGUUAAAGAAUUGGAAAAAUUGUGCAAGGAGCGUAAAUCUGACACUCAAAGGUAUGAAUCAGCUUUGAAUAAAAUGAUCAAACAAUCGAUGAAGAAGAAGUUAAAGGCAGAUAAAAACAAAAAAUAUCAUGAUAAACUAUACGAAAAUGACAGAAGACUUGUCAAUGACUUGGAGACAUAUGUUCCAUACGAAAAAAGACCCAAACAUUAUAUAGGUUCUAAAUUACCGUCAUUUUUAAAGAUGAUUAAUGGUAAGAAAGUCAAUACCGUCAGCUACUUGAAUGAGCAUAUCCCCGAAGAAAAUGAACAGAUAUUUACGAAACAGCAGGAGUAUGAACACUCUCGCGAGUAUCUAAGAACUGUAUUUAUACAAUUUGAUACUCAAUUAGAGGCGCAGAAAGUAUACCAGACUUUAGACUACUUAUUAGGUAGAGAAAAUUAUGCGAAAAAGUAUAUUGGUUAUUCACCGGAGCAAAUUGUGUGGUCAAAUUUAAAUAUGACUACAAGGGAAAGAUCAUGGAAAAGAUGUUUGGCUACCACAUUCUUAGUUCUCAUGAUAAUCUUUUGGGCAAUUCCAGUUGCUGUGGUUGGUAUGAUAAGUAAUAUUAGUUUUCUUACAACUAAAAUAUUCUUUUUGGAAUUUAUCAACAAUUUACCAAACUUCCUCUUAGGUCUAAUUACUGGUAUUUUACCCUCGGUGGCACUGUCCAUCUUAAUGUCCUUAGUGCCACCUGUAAUAAUGUAUGUCGGAAAACUUAGAGGUUUGACAACGUUAAAACAUAUUGAUUUAUACUGUCAUAGUUGGUACUUUGCUUUUCAAGUAAUCGAGACGUUCAUUGUUACAACAGGAACAUCAUCUGCAUCGUCUACAGUAACAGCAAUUAUUGAUGAUCCAUCCCAAGCAAUGACUUUAUUGUCAAAUAACCUGCCAAAAGCAUCUAAUUUUUAUAUCAGUUAUUUCCUAUUACUUGGUCUAACAGUACCAACAGGUAUGCUACUUCAAAUAAUUACACUAGUUAUGUCAAAAAUUAAAGGAAUGUUAUUCACAUCAACACCGAGGCAAAAAUGGACUUCUUAUAAUACUUUAGCCACGCCAUCAAUGGGUAUCUUAUACCCAACAAUCGAAAUUAUCAUGGUUAUAUUAAUUUCAUAUUCAAUUAUUGCACCACUAGUAUUAGUAUUCAGUACAUUAGCUUUAUUUUUGUUAUACCUCGCAUAUGUUUACAAUUUGAAUUUUGUAAUGGGUUUCUCAUUAGAUUCCAAAGGUAGGAAUUAUCCAAAAGGGUUAUUUCAUAUUUUUGUUGGAAUUUAUAUGAGUGAGGUCUGUCUAAUUGGUUUAUUUGUUAUGUUAAAAAGUUGGGGAUGCGUUGUAUUAGAGGCUUUUUACCUUGGUAUAACUGCACUUCUACAUAUUUGGUUUAAGAGAAAGUUUAUCCCAUUAUUUGAUAUCGUUCCUCUAAGUGCCAUUUAUCUUUCAAGAGGACUUCCAAAUUAUCAAUAUCCAAAUGAGGACUUGGGAACUAAAGAAGUUCAUGAUCUAAGGGAAAGGGUAAAACAGGCAUUGGAAUCCGAUGAAACGGGUGGUGUUCUACGUCUUGCAACAGACCAUGAAUUGAAAGUAGCUAAUAUUUUAAAAACUGAAGAGAGAAAUCCGGAUGAAUCAAGCCCAUCAAGUGGAGAAAACACAUUAUCAGAAUCAAAUCCAUCAUCUAUUCUAAAUGGUGGCGAGAAGAAAAUUAUUGAGACUGAACAUCUUGAAAAUGCCAAUGGAAGCAGUGAUAUUGAUGUUGAUAACAGAAGAAAUAAUAACACUGAUUUACCUGCUCAUGAUGGCUCAGAAGUUGAAGAUAAAGACGCUUCAUCAAAAACAGGGACAACGUUUGUAAAAGGAGAUGAAACAUUCAGAAAAUUACACUAUGAAGAUCUUGAAGGCUUAGAAAGACCAGUGCUUGGAAACCAGGGAGGAGAGAAACAUAAAAGUACCGUAAUGCAUAAUACUGAUGUUGGGAUUGUUUACACAGAUAAGACAGCUAUGACACGCGAAUUAGAAGCUUUGCCAGAAAAUAUUAACAGAUCAUUCACGUGGAAGCAACGCUUAAAGAAUUUUUUCCAUCCAUCUCAGGCAUAUAAAUUUGAAACUAUGAGAAAAAGAUUACCACAUGUUUUUAACACUACAAUUGCAUACUCUAAUAAAUUUAUCAGUCAAGCUUACAUAAAUCCGUGCGUGUCAGAUGAGAAUCCAAAAAUAUGGAUAUGUAAAGACACUAUGGGCGUAUCUCAACAACAAAUCGAGGAAGCAAAUAAUUAUAAUUUGUAUGUCACUGACGCUUUUACAUCAUUCGAUAAAAAAGGUAGAGCUCAAUUUACUUUCAACCCACCUGAUUUCCUUUUCGAGGGAAAGAAGUGA